AUGUCAUUGAAUCAAACCAACUUGAUUAAGCCAAUUACUAUUGGUGAUGUUGAAUUAAAUCAUAGAGUAGUACACGCUCCGACUUCAAGAGCCAGAUCUGUUGAUUUUACACCAACUGAUAUUUUGUUAGAAUAUUAUAAAUCUAGAUCUAGAUAUCCGGGUAGUUUAAUUGUUUCAGAAUCAAUCAUAGUUCAUCCCUCAAGUGGUUUAACUCCGUUUAAAUCCGGUUUAUGGGAAGAUAAACAGUGCAAGGCAUGGAAAAGAAUUGCUGAUGAAAUUCAUAACAAUCGAAGUUUUGUUUCUGCUCAAAUUUUUGCUCCCGGUAGAUUUGCUAAUCUUGAUCUUUUAAAAGAACAUAAUAUUCCAUUAGUUGGUCCGAGUAAAAUUUAUCAUUCAGAAGCGCAAGAACAAAAAGCAAAAGAUUUAGGUAUUGAAUUACAAGAAUUAACAGUUGAUGAAAUUCAUCAAAUACAAAAUGAUUUUGUUGAAACUGCUGUCAACGCUUUAACUAAAGCAGGUUUUGAUUUUGUUGAAUUACAUGGUACUUCAGGUUUCUUAAUUGAACAAUUUUUAUCACCACUAUCCAAUCAAAGAAAAGAUGAAUAUGGUGGAUCAGUUGAAAAUCGAACACGUUUUGUCACUGAAAUUUUAGAAAAAUUAUUUAACCAUGCAAAAAUCGGGUCAAAAAAAGUUGGUAUUAGAAUUACUCCAUGGUCAACUCAUAAUGGUAUGAAUUAUCCAAAUAAUGAUUUUAGUGAACCUGUUAAGUUUGUUGAAUACAUUUUGAAAUUUUUAGAAGAUCAAAAGAAGCAAGGGAAUGAAAUUGCAUAUGUUUCAAUUGUUGAACCUCGAGUUUCUGGUUCAGUUGAUGCUGAUCCUGCUGGUCAUUCAAAUGAAGAUUUAUUAAAAUUGUUUUCUGGUAAAGUAAUUAGAACUGGAGGUUAUGCUACAAACUAUAAAAAUUCAGAACAAGUAGCUUCAAAUAAGCAAUACUUGGAAGUUGAUGAAAAUGGUAAUUUACGUCAUUACACUACAUUAAUUAAAGAUGUUAAUCAAGAUGACAGAACAUUAAUUGGAUUUUCAAGACCAUUUACAUCAAAUCCAGAUUUUACAAAAAGAUUAUUUGAAAAUUUAGUUUUAGAUUCAUAUAAUCGUAAAUUCUUUUACACUCACACUGUUGAAGGUUAUUUAACAUUUACAGAUUAUGUAGAUGAUGAGAUUAAUUCAAAUUUGAUUACAAAUUUACCUGAAUCAGAGUUAAAUAGAACUGGUACACCUUUAGCUUAG